AUGGCAAUAACCUUCACGUUGUCGAAGAAGGCCACCGGCUCAGGCGGUGAGCCCCAAAAGAAUGACAGUGCUCGAGCAGCAUCAACAAGCGUGCCUGCCAAGCGCCCGUCCGUUUUCGGCGCCGACAGCGACUCUGACGGCUCUGCGUCAGAUUCUCUGGGCUCACAUCCGCUGUCUAAGCGCGCCAAAGUAUCGCAAAAUGCCGUUUCUGGCGCCAAAACCGAUUCGCGCACGGCAAACUCGUCCAUUGCGUCGGAAAAGAAGCCGGUGAAAGUAACGUAUAAGGAGUACGACCUUUCCACGGAGAACCUCGCCCCCGAGCUUUACUUGUAUGACGAGUUGGAAGACGAAUCCAACAAAGAAGCUCGAGAUCGGACUGACCCUUCACGGCUGGUGUAUUUGGGAUGUGCGCCAUCAGAACCUGCUGAUAAAGCGGCACCGACGGUGGAAAAGGAUUCGCAGUACAUGCAGAAACUUCUGCGCACGGCCCGUGAUCGUAGGAUGGAGCGCGACAUCGCCUUCGACAAGCAACAGCUAAAGGCAGAUUUGGAGAGCGGAGAGUCAGUGGGCGAGGUGUUCGUGACUGGCGCCUACAAGCGGCAGCUUGAGGAGCGCCGCCGUUUCGAGGAGGAGCAGCGUCUUAAGGACGAGGCCGACCUUAAAGCUAGCGGCAAGAGCGUGGCGAGUUUCCACGCGCAUAUGCUGAAGUCUGGAAUCGCCAGCCGCACCAACCGCAAGACAUGA